CGGCAGUCACCUGACUUUUUUUCUUUCUUUCUUUUUUUAAACGCAGGCGUAUCUGCUUUCUGAAAGCCAACAGAACAGCAACGGCGACAGAUACGGAAGAAAGAGACCAACAUGGUUGAGGCUCCAAGCGGCGCGGCGGUCGUGUGGCUGCUGGUGUUUUCCUCCCUCAUCCCCGCGGCGGAGGCGUACGACGCGGGCGACGCUCUGGCCCUGCUGCUGUGCACCGUCCUGGCCGUGGUGGGGUUCUGCGUCGGCCUCGGCUGGUACGCGCGGAGGCGGAAUGGGCCGCCGCUCUGAAGCACGGAGGACUUCAGACAGUUGUCACCUCUUUACGGCGUGCCGCGUUAAACCUCCCUGCAAUCUACGGAUCUUUUGGCGCAGGUUCUGCUCUGAAGCGUGCCUUAUUGGAGCCGUAUUUCCAAACCAAAACUCGGGGCGGGGGAUCCACGUGAAACACAGGAAGGAGACAUCCAGGAAGUGCGCUGUGAUUGAGGACCCAACACUGUUGCCUUCCAUGCACAACAAAGACUUUCUAGAUUUCUGCUUCAAAUGCCUGUUUGUCUUUAACCAGAUAUGUUAGCUUUAAACGAGCACUGUGAUUACUUGGUGUGCUUCUGAAAUCAACAUUGAUUGAUUUUGAUCUGUCAUGAUCACAUGACUUAACUUUGCUUUGGAAAGUUCGAUCUGAUAGAUCUGAUUACAGCUUUUGUAAAGAAUAAACACAUUGAAUCAAACUUC